AUCCACGAUAAUUACAACAAAAUAUCAACCCUACAAGAUAUACCGUGUCGUUGUAAUAAAUUCCUAACCGUGCAACGUCAACGACAUCAACGUCAUUAUUUACCAUAAACAAAUGUCGAUUUUGUAAAUACGAAUCAAGAACAAAGAAUUGUGCUUUUAUGAUCUCAAAAGUGUAUCGCGCUCUGAAUUUAGAGGCCCUUUGUACCUCAAUUGGCAUUUUUUCAAUGGACAAAAUUUAUACCAUGCUGAAUGUGUCAAUUGUAUUUGUGACAUUUUGAUUAAUGGUGUCAUCUGGCUUAUUUUAUUUACAUAUACUGCCAACGUAUGGUUCUGUUUGACAAUAAGGCCAUAAUAUUCAUUAUGUAUAAUAAACGCACGAAAAGAUUGUGAUAUACAACUUUGAUAAUCCAAGUAUUAAAUUUCUAAGAAUUAGUACAACUUUACAAUAAAUGAUGACUGCGAAAAAUAUAGCUGAAUGGACACAAAAAGAUGUGACAAAGUGGCUCAAUGAUUGUGGACACGAAAAAUUUGUUGAUUCAUUUCUCUAUCAUGAAAUUGAUGGGAAGGUAUUGUUGACUUUGAAAGAAGAUGACCUGAAAUUGAUAGCUGUGAAUAUACACAAAAUUGGAGAUAUCAAGAAGCUAUAUAUUAAUGUAAAGCAAUUACAAAGGGAUAACAUGGCAGUAUUAUUUGAAUUAGGAUGCGUAGACAUAUUUCCUACACCCAAUUUUUAUAGUCAUCAUAAACAUGAAAUGCCUAUCAAGGUUAUAAAUAAUGAGAAUUCUAUCGAGCACGAAUUUCAUUCAGCAUCUGUCUCAGAAGAUGGCCAUGCAUCACACUUGCCACCUGAAAUAUGGAAAGCUUUCAUUAGUUUGGCAUACUUAUUUAUUGUUACCUGGAUUACUGCCUUUGUGAUGGUCAUUGUUCAUGAUAGAGUUCCUGAUAUGAAGAAGUAUCCCCCAUUACCUGACAUAUUUUUAGAUAAUGUUCCACAUAUUCCUUGGGCAUUUGAUAUGUGCGAAGUCACAGGAACUAUACUCUUUGCUAUAUGGCUUGUUGUGUUAAUUUUUCAUAAGUACAGAUUUAUUUUAUUGCGAAGAUUUUUCGCUUUGUCUGGUACAGUCUUCCUGUUAAGAUGCGUUACGAUGCUUAUUACUUCCUUAUCAGUACCAGGUGCCCACUUGCAAUGUCAACCACGUAAGGUGCCCGAAGAUUGGACAAGUUCUGCAUAUGUAGAGUUAUACAACAAAAUCGCUAUGGCUUACGUUAUAUGGCGUGGUGCUGGUAUGUCCAUUCAAGGAGUCAGAACCUGUGGUGACUAUAUGUUUAGCGGACAUACUGUUGCUCUUACAAUGUUAAAUUUUUUCAUUACAGAAUAUACCCCAAGACAACUGUACUUCUUACACACCUUUACCUGGAUGCUCAACAUGUUUGGUAUAUUCUUCAUUUUAGCCGCACAUGAACAUUAUUCAAUCGACGUUUUCGUAGCAUUUUACAUAACUUCCCGACUCUUUCUUUAUUACCAUACAUUGGCGAAUAAUCAAGCAUUAAUGCAGCGUGAUUCAAAUAGAACUAGAAUUUGGUUUCCAUUAUUCAGUUUCUUCGAAUCUUCUGUUGAUGGAAUUGUACCGAAUGAGUAUGAAUCACCGUCAUUAAUUGUUUGUAAUCUUGUGGGUACAGGGAAAGAUAUAUGGAAUUUGGUACGGUCUUCAAUCUGCUUCCGCAAAUCAUGGCGCGAUGUAAAUGGUAGCAUAAAGAAUAGCACAAAAAAGGAACACUAGCCAAUUUAUCUAUUUUAUCUGUUUUUUAUUUAUUUGAUAGACUUCAGAGAAUAUUCAUUUUGUUUUAAAAAAAAUUAAUUGUAAAUAUUUAUUUUUCUAAGUAAAUAAAUCAUCUAGCUGUUAUUCGAAGAAAUUUUUAUGUUAUUUAGAUUUUUCUAACUAUACUGCGGCAUUUGGAAAGAAAUUUUAACAUUUUUUCAUUUCUUUGUAAAAUUGUACGUUUAAUGCAUUGCAAAUCUCUGAAAGUUACGGUGAUGAAUUUUUAAAUAAAUCACAAAUAUUGCUAAAAGUUGAUCUAUGGAUACUUUUAUUCUAUAACUUUUGAUAUGGUUCUUAAAGAGAUGGAGAAAUGUAAUACUGUAUAGAAAUACAUAUAGUGUAUAGGGAUAUGCGGGUAGGCAGAUAAGUCGGCAGAUGUUUGCCGACUAGACCCGAGUUCAUAAUUCAAACGUCCCUAAUAAAUAGCUUUUUCACCUUUAAUUCGUACCUACUUUUUACUGAAAUUAAUUAUAAGCGAAAGAAUUGUAAUAUUAAUCGUUCAUAUCUAAUUGUUGCCAUUUAUUUCUAUUGUCAUAGGUCUCCAUUAUUUAUGUUAUUUAGAUAGAAUAAAAUCUGUAUAUUAAAUCUAUUAAUUAAUAAGAGGCUAUUCAUAAGAUAUUUAUAUUUGUUACAAACAAAAUCUUCAAACGAGGCUCACAAUAUAUCGUGCUAUUAAAAUAAACCUAAUACUUAAAUAGCAAACUUAUGUGAUAAAUAUUCUACUUAUAUAUACAAUUAUGACCAUAUUAUAUUAGGUUGACAAGAUUAUUUUUCUAUAUUGUAUUACUUUCAAUGUAUUUUAUAUUCUUUUACAAACCAAUGUAUGUACAUUCAAACUUUUGUAAAUAUAAUACUUAAACUAGUUAUAGAGUUAAGGUUGAACAGUUACAAAUGCAAUAUACCAAAUUUCACAAUAAAUUCUUUUAGAAAGCA